AUGGCUGAGCGCGAUCAACAGCUUUUGGAUAUUGGGAAGCAAUGCUCCCACCCCCAAUGCAAUCUCAUCGACUUCUUGCCGUUCAAGUGUCAGCACUGCAAGGAGUCGUUCUGUCAAGAGCACUAUCGAGUCGAAGGUCACCGAUGCUCCAAGUACGACGAGACCAAGCACAACAGGGUUGCGCCGGAUUGCCCUCUAUGCAACACUCCAGUCGCUGUUCCUCCAGGGCAGGAUCCCAACAUUCGGAUGGAGCAGCACUUUGAGAAGGAGUGCAGUGUCGUGACAGGACGUGUGCAGGCGAAAUCCACUCCACUCUGUGCAAAGGGGACCUGCAAGAAAGUCUUGUUCUCGCCGAUUCGAUGUGAUAAAUGCAGAGCACAGUUCUGCGUGAGCCAUCGCUUCCCUUCAGACCAUAAUUGCAAGGCUGCCUCAGCACCCACCACCCCUGCUGGACGCCAGAACGCUGCACCUUCGCGCCCCAAUCUACCCGCGCUCUCAAGCGCUAGCUCUACGGCCAAGGAGAUCAACGCAAAGGCUUCUGUGAAGGCUUCCGAAGCGGUCAACUCGAUGAAGCAAUCCCUUGCUCAGGCCAAGGCCAAUACCAGCACAGCAGCGGCGUCUGCAUCCAAGUCAAUGCCCUUCAACAAGACUGAUCGACGGGCUAAGGCGGAGAGGGAGAGUAGAAUCAAGGCGAUGCAGGCGCGAGAGAAAAAGGGGCUGUUGAGUGAGCAGGAGAAGCAGAUACUGGCUCAAUACCAAGAGGAGGCGAAGAAGGACAAGGAUUGUGUGAUCAUGUAA